GAUAACCUAAAUAUGGUUCCAUAUCUCCAUACCACUCUUACCUUUAUCUACUACUUAAUCUCUUUACCAAAGGCUAUAGUCUACUUUACACCGGACUUCCCCUGGCGAUUAGUAUCCGACCAGCUGAACUCCUUGCUUCGAGAUUACUCCGCAUAUGACCGAUUUGAGAGCGAUCAGUUUCCCAGGCCGGAGAACGAAGAGGUUCCCCGUCCUCUGCCCGAGGACUUUGCCAUGCGCGGCCUUUUGUGGGUUGAGAAAUAUUUCCCAAGCGACUGGUUCUCGGAAGACAAGAUCAUCGACGAUGAGAAGUAUUUCGAAUCGGCUUCCCUCCUCGAUGAAAGAAUUACACGGGUUCUAUACUUGGGCUACAGGAUUGCUAUAGAGGGAGGGGGCAAAUGGCCUCAAUACAACUCCAAGACUCAUCAGUUCGAAACGGAAUGAUACCCGUUGGGGAGGAAGUUAGUGCUCUGUCUGUUACCCAACUCUGCUGUACAGAGGAAUGACCUCCUCCCCAACGGCCCCAACGUCAACAACGAAAAUUUACAGCUCCACCAUUACUACUACUACGCG